CCUCAAGUGAAGUGUUUGAGGGCUGAGAAAGAUGUCGGUCGCCGGUUUGAAGAAGCAGUUUCAUAAAGCCAGUCAGUUUGUUAGUGAAAAAAUGGGUGGAGCUGAAGGUACUAAACUUGAUGAGGAUUUUAUAGAAAUGGAACGGAAAAUAGAUGCUACAAACAAAGCAGUGACGGAGGUUCUGUCAAAAACCACUGAGUACUUGCAGCCAAAUCCAGCUUACAGAGCUAAGUUAGGUAUGCUGAACACAGUGUCAAAGAUCCGAGGACAAGUGAAAACAACAGGUUAUCCUCAGCCUGAAGGCCUGUUGGGUGAAUGUAUGCUCAGGCAAGGAAAAGAUCUUGGAGAAGACUCAAAUUUUGGUCCUGCUUUAGUGGAUGUUGGUGAAGCUUUGAAACAAAUGGCUGAAGUAAAAGAUUCUCUCGAUAUUGGUGUGAAACAGAACUUUAUUGAUCCAUUACAAAUUUUACAGGAAAAAGAUUUGAAAGAGAUUGGGCACCAUUUAAAAAAGCUGGAAGGUCGUCGUCUAGACUAUGAUUACAAAAAGAAGCGCCAAGGUAAGAUCGCUGAUGAAGAGAUAAGACAAGCUGUAGAGAAAUUUGAAGAGUCCAAGGAACUUGCUGAGAUCAGUAUGUUCAACUUUCUGGAAAAUGAUGUAGAACAAAUAAGCCAACUAUUAGCUCUCGUGGAAGCAGCACUGAGCUACCAUAAAGAAUCCACUUCAAUUCUGGAAGAGCUUCAUCGCACGUUGCUGCACAGAAUAAGCAUAGCAUCCAGCUGCCCAAAACGCGAAUUUAAGCCAAAGCCCGUAGUGCCUCUGUCUUUUGAACCUAGUGAUAACCAGCAUCACAAUGGUAUUUCAUACAGCGCUUCAUUCAAAUCAUCUGCUAAACGUCCCUCAUUCAGGUUCCUUCGCAGAUCAAAGCACACACGUUGCCCUUCUUCUUCAUCACAUUUGGACCAGCCUGGCUGUAAAGCUCUAUAUGAUUUUGAUCCUGAAAAUGAGGGAGAGCUUGGAUUCAAGGAAGGCGAUAUCAUCACUCUGACAAAUCAGAUCGAUGAGAAUUGGUUUGAAGGCAUGAUAAAUGGAGAAUCUGGAUUCUUUCCUAUUAAUUACGUUCAAGUUAUUGUGCCUUUGCCGCAGUGAAAACAUGGCUGAUCGCUUUUUCACAAAUUUCAGGACAUGAACUCAUGUUGAAAUCAACUGAACAAGACAUUUCAUUACUGUGGCAUUCUGUGAAAGCCUUGCCCCUUGACUGACUUUUGUAUACGUCUUCUAUUGGUGUAUUUAUUUUUUACAUGUUUCAUUUGUACUGAAAAUGUUUUCUUCAAUUGCUACAAAAGUAAUGCGAACCUAAUCUAUUUCCACAACAAAGUUUACAAUUUGUAAGUAUAUGUUUUUGUUUGCCUGCAUCCUCAGUUUCUUAUUACAGUGAUACAGUAGGUAAAACAUUUACCUAAAAUGAAAACCAUUCUUGAAACAUACAAUUUGAUCAUUGUGAGUAUUAUUAACUGUGAUUAACUUUUUCAGAUUCUGACAUGCGGUCUUGAGCCAUUUCCAUUGGCAGUGUAACUUAUUGUUAUGCAACAAGAUGUUGUAAUAAAUGUGCUACAAUGAAAUGUAAUGUAAGUAGCAAAAUUGGCCUGUUAUUUUGUCUAUAUGAUCAUUGUGUGAAAUGUACUGUAUUUCGCAGCAGUGAUUUGUGCGUGGGGAAGAAACAUGGAUGUACAGUAUUUUUUUUAAAUUAAAGUUCAGAAAAGUUGUAUGCAUUAAACAUUUUUUUUCUGCAUAGUUAACAAAAAGAAUGUUUACUCUUACACCACGUGUGUUUGGAGUCAGGGAGUGCAAGGUCUGAUCCACAUCUCUGCUCAAUUUCCCUUCAAACAGCAUUGAACUGGGGUACCAGCCAAUGGGCCUGGGAAGGAAUCACAGAAGUUAGACCGGUUAUGGUAGGAAUUUAUAUUUCCAUAGCUACAAUUGAAGGGAGCAGUGGAGAUUAAGCCAAGCUGAGCAACAGGCCUUAGAAAAAAGUGCUCCCUUCAGAGCUAGGGUGGCAGAAGAAUACGAUGCAAUCAGCCAGAGUUAAGGAUAUUUUGGCUGUAUUUUAUCUUAUUGUAAAUUUCCCUUAGUCAAAGGCAAUUUUUGUGCCAACAUCCCUUUUAACGUCAAAGUAAAUUCCAAUCAGGAAUUACUCAUUACUUUUAUUCAGUCUCCAUGGGAAAGGAUUUAUCUUGAGAAUACAUAAUAUCUCAUGAAUUUUGAAAUGUAUUCUUUGAAUGAUCCAGGAGUGCAAAGGUAAUGUGUUUGAUUUGGUGGCCAGAGUAAACUGUGGGAAUUUUUUUUAACAGAAAUUAUGUCUUCUGUGUAAAAGUGAAACAUUUGAUUUACAACUCUGUUAUAAGUUCACUGUAAAAUUAAUUGCUCAGAUCUUCAAGUCCGUUCUUGGUUGAGAUAAUUUGUAAAUGGGAAUAUGCUAGUAUUUCUCUGUAUACAUGAAGCAAACCUUUUGAGACAUCCAGUUUUAGCAUGGAAGUUGCAAAGGCAUCUGCACCUUACCUUAUCCUUUAUAGCUGAAGAACAUUUUAUGGAGAAGAAUCUUUGAGCAGAUUAUUCUUGACUUUAAUGCAGUGCAGAAGUAAGUGUGGGAGAUCCAUGGUAUGUUUGUGAUGUACACUCGUGAAUAAAAGGCACUAAACUACUGAUACAAGCUAAAUCACUCCCCAACGUGUUUAGGUUAAAACCUUAUGGUGUCUGAGGGUUCUCCAGCCAUCUAACCAUAGUGGUCCCCCAUAUGUUAGUAAAGAAGUGUAUUUUCUUUAAUGCCUGAGAAAAUGGUUAGAUAUUUGGGCAUCUCUGUGUUGACGCAGACCAAGAUAACAAGAAGCCCAAGAUAUAGUUCACCACAAUCUUGCUGGUCUUUCAGUACGCUUUACUUAAGGUGGAUAGACUAAUCGAAUGGAAGAGAAGCAAAUCUUUUACUCUUUAGUGUUUUACUGAAUUCUGAGCGCUGGUACUAGAAACUGAAAAUGUUUGGCAUAAAAUGUCGACAAUACACCACUUGGCUGGAGAUGGGUUUUGUAAGAGAAAUUGCAUAAAAAAUAUUAAAUAAAUUGACUGCAUACAGCAAGUUGGUCUCCCAACAAAUUUUGUGGGAAUUUAUAAUGAUACAGAUACAUGCUAGGUUAGGUGUAGGUGAUGAUUGGUUUUACUUAUGAUGACUGUACAAUAGCAAUUAUGUGUGGCCAAUAAUUAAUUGCAAUUAAAUGGUGCAAACUAUUUUUACUGUGACAAAAUUAGAAAAUCUAUUGAAAUUGCUGCUUUGUACUGUAAAUGUUUUUUAUUUGAAACUGAUCAAUUCGGGGACUUUGAUUUCCAUUUGUAUCUUGAACCUCAGACUUCCUUUUAGUUGAAAUAAACAGAGUUUAUAUACUGCAAAUUGAUUUUCCAUAAAUUGGCUUCAAACCUGAUGGUUCCUGCAAGUGCCUCUCUUGGAGCUGAAAUUUUACCUGUUGUGACUGUGAUUUAGAGAUGUAAUCUCUCCACUUUAUUACCUUUGUACUGGUUUUGAUGCACAAUCAAACCAAUCUGCCCCUAAUCUCUGCUAAUGUCACUAGCACCAGCAGGAUCUUGGUGAUCUACAUUCAAAUACUCCCAGUUUCUUGUGAUAGUCACACUUGCCCUUUGUUUAAUGCAUCCCCACAGGCUGAGACCAGAAAUAUUGUAUCAGAAGCAAAAUUGCCACUCUCUCCACUGGAUGAAACGUAAUGUAAUUACAUUGAAGAAAAUGAGGAAAUAAUCUGAUAUUGAUCCAUCUAUAUCUGGCCAUAUGUAGAAGGCUGGCUGCUCUGGGAACAUCUUUGAUUAUAAAUGCAGUAUUUGGUACAAGUACAAGAAACUCAAAAUUGCUUUUAGUUGUUGAAGUGAAAUCAAGAUUAAUAGUAUUCAAAGAAUGGGCAGCUGACACAAUGUACAUCAUGUAUUUCAAUUGUCUAGGCUUUUUGUCUUUCAAAGAAGAACACAGAUGUUACUUUUUUUUCAAAACCAGUUCUGGAUUACACAUAGUCGUCCUGUUGUUUUUCCAUUUUCUUGUGCUAAUCUUGGGUUUUACAAUGCACAGUCCAGGCAUAGCAAAUGAGAUCUUAUUUUAUAAGUGACUUACAGAAAACAACUUUCUGUUGCUCUCAGCCUACAUUCUCAUCCGCAGGUUUCCAAUGAAAUAAAGAAUUUCAGUAUUCUCCAUCAGAGAAGAAUGGUUCGAAGACUCAGAAUAACAUGCUUGUAAAAUGUUUAGCUUCUGUUCCAAAGUUAACUUGGUCUGUCAUCUGUAGAUAUAUUCCUGAAAAUUGCUACGUUACAGAUUGUUGGUUUAUAAGAGAUUAUUAUUAAAAUGAAGAUCCAACCGCUAUCUUUGUUAAAGUAAGACGUUACAGUUGUGUUUUAGGAAAGUAAUAGCUACAGAUUGACCCUAUUCAGAAAAAUGUCUUAUCUUAAGAGGAUGACAGGUGUUCAAGGUUACAUAUUCUCCAUGUAUUUAUAGACACCCACUGUACAUUUCUGCUAACUUAUCACUUUGUUAUACAGAACAUACGUUAAUAAAUCAGACAGCAUGAAAUAUUAGUUGUCUGUUACUUUGUAAUAUGAUCAUUAUCCUGUGGUAUUUCAUCAAUGUCUCACUUUUUCCUUAUUCUGAAUGCAAAUUGACACUUGUUCUAAUGCACAAUUUAAAGAGAUUGUUACAAUUGUCAUCUCUAAUUAAGUUAUUUUCUGCCAUUUUUACAUAUAAUUAAAAAACAUCAAUUACUCGAAAACCAA